AUGCAGUUCACUACCAUUACCUCCCUCCUCUUCGCCGCUAGCGGCCUUACCAGCGCUGCUUCCCUCCGUCCUCGUCAGGACGCCUGUGAAUACCACACAGCGGGCGACUACACCUGGAGGGUCAGCCAAUUUGUCGGCCGCAAGCCCGAAGCUACCUACUACAACAUGAUUUCUUUCCAUAUUGCGUCCACCAACCCGGGAUCUUCUUUUGAAUGGACCUGUUCCGCCAGUGCCGACCGCAUGGAGGACAGCGUCUUCUAUUCGUGCGGCGAUGGCUUCCAGUUUGCGUUCGUCAAUGAAUAUAACGGCUUGAUUUUCAAGUACGGCACCGACAACCCGAUUAUGGGCACUGUUUCUCUCCCUAUCGUCUGCCGUGCGGGCGGCGCGGGCGCCAACGACCAAGUCUGCGAGACUUUCCAGGAUCGCUGCAUCACGCUUCUUGAGCACCCUAGCAACUAA